AUGCCAUUCGGAUGGAUGAAUGAUGGCGAUGAUCACAACAACGACGAUGAUGAUGUGCGUUUGAAUGAAUUUGCACACACUAACGCACUACCCCACUGCCAACAGGAUAAGGAUGAUAACAAUCGUCAUUACAAUCACAUCAAUUCGCAAUUCACUUUCACGCCCGAGGAGAUCAAAUACGACAACAAACAUUACAAAUAUCUCAAGUACACUGCUUACAAAAAGGAUAACCAGCAAUAUCAAGAGGAUAAACAUAAAAUCCGUGGCUACAAUGAGGUGAUUGAAAAGCCCCAGAAAUAUCAAAAGAACAACAAUAUCAACAAUGGUUAUCCCUCCAAAUCACCCGAAUGCAAACCUCAACAACUGACCGCCAUUGGUAAUCGCCUACUCGAUUGGUUCUCUGUGAUUAUGGCCGAUAGCAAGAAACGUCGCCAACAUAGUCAAAAAUCUAAAGCUCAUUUCCCACCCGCCUGCAAGACCGAAGCCAAAUGGAUGUUUGGACAUUUGGAUUUGAACAACGAUGGCUAUUUGUCGCUGCAGGAAAUGUACGAUCUGGAACAUGAUCAAAAUGAACGAUGCAUUAAACCUUUUAUUGACACCUGCGAUUUGGAUCAGGACAAUUCGAUAAAUACCCGCGAAUGGUGUCGUUGCUUUGAGAAAACAGAUCGUCCUUGUGCCGCUGUACGACGAAGAAUCGCUGGCGAUUUUGCAGGAGCAUAUGCACCGGAUUGUGAUGUCCAGGGUUUCUAUAAGCCAACCCAAUGCCAUAACUCUGUUGGUGUUUGCUGGUGUGUGGAUAAGCAUGGUGUCGAAUUUGCCAAUACCCGUACACGAGGCAAACCAAAUUGUGGUAAGUAG